AUGUAUUGUAAGGUCCGACCGCCGGGCCGUGGCGGCGGGAUAUUCGCCGAGACAACGGCCUGCUCUCGACGUUCACGCUUAACAUUCACUAUCACUACGGCCAACUCAUUCAAAGCUUGUCCUGUGCAGGUACCAUUACCGAACUAUAUGUCAAGCAGGGCAAACGAUUAUUACUCCGGUCGCAGAAGGAGCCGUAGCCGAAGCAGGAGUCGUGACCGUCCAUUCAAAGAUGAUCAUGACAGAGGGGACCGCUCGCGAGAUAGAGGUGGGGAUUUGGAUGGACGUAGAGUAAGGGAAUAUGAUGUAGAAGGCCAGAAACGAUACAAAUAUCGAGAAGACGACCGCUCACGUCCACGCACACGAAGUCCAGUACAACGAAGGUCUCGCUCUCCUUCUCGGUCCCGAGACAUGGGAGAAGAAAAGAGAAGACCACGCAGUCGCUCAAGAGAACGUAGACGCAGGUCUCGCUCAAGGUCUGCUUCUCUGUCGAGUCGCUCAUCGUCUAGUUCGUCCGACCACAAACGGCAUAAACGCAAGAAGGACAAACAGAAGAGAAAGCGAAGCCGUAGCCGGGAUAGGGAGAAGAAGGAACGGAAGAAGGAGAAGAAAAGGGAGAAGAAGAAGAAGCUUGGUGCUGUAAGCCACCAGUGGGGCAAGUACGGCUUAAUCAAUGAAACAGACUUGUACAAUAAAGAGCAAGAAUUCCGAUCUUGGCUAGUCGAAGAACGCAAAAUCAACCCUGAAACUAUCAACAAAGAACAAACUAAGAAGGAGUUUGCACGUUUCGUCGAAGACUUCAAUACAGCCACACUUCCACACGAAAAGUUCUACGACAUGUCAUCAUACGAACGCCGAAUGGACGCGCUGCGUUCUGGUGCAUUCGUACCCCCUCAAGACGAUGGGUACAACCCCGAUGCCGACUUGCGCGCAUUGCAGAGUACACAUAAGCGUAAGGCGACCGAACAGGAUACGUUCAUGAGUAGAGAGCAGCUCAUGGAGCUCAGGAGGGUUCAGGCAGAACGGAUUGAGGCUGGCAAGAUGAAGUUAUUGGGCAUGGACGUCAAGCAGAACAUGGGUGUCCGUAUGGACGGGAGUGUAUUCGAGUGAUCUCUACACGUAGUAUUUGGUUUCAUUUAUGGACUUUGCUCAUCCUGCAGGCUUUUCCUAUCUGUACAUUAGGUUCGGCUUUCGUCAUUAUUACUGUACUUGAUGUUAAGUUUCCCUUGAUAUUUCAAGUCUCAGCCCUUUAGCGGCUAGUAAUGCGAAAUCCAGAACUAAGGUACUUACAUCCAAUUAGUC